CGCCAAGUUAUUACCGCUGUGGCUUGCGUCGGUAAAGUUUAUCGGGUUAUUGAAAUAAUAUUUAAUACUUAAAAUGAGUCGUAUAGGACAAGGUGAUCAACUGAUCAACCCUGGACAUGUGGAAGUUGUCCAAGAGCCAGGUCAUGCUCCGGGCGCUCAACCGGUUGCUGGUCAACCGCAGGAUGGCCCGGGCGCUCAACAGGUGCAGGGUCAACCACAGGGUGGCCCAGGCGCUCAACCGGCGGCGGGCCUACCGCAGGGUGGUCCAGGCGCUCAACCGGCAGCGGGCCAACCGCAGGGUGGUCCAGGUGCUCAACCGGCGGCGGGCCAACCGCAGGGUGGUCCAGGCGCUCAACCGGCGGCGGGCCAACCCCAGGUUGGCGCAGGCGCUCAACCGGCGGCGGGCCAACCGCAGGGUGGUCCAGGCGCUCAACCGGCGGCGGGCCAACCGCAGGGUGGUCCAGGCGCUCAACCGGCGGCGGGCCAACCGCAGGGUGGUCCAGGCGCUCAACCGGCGGCGGGCCAACCGCAGGGUGGUCCAGGCGCUCAACCGGCUGCGGGCCAACCGCAGGGUGGCGCAGGCGCUCAACCGGCGGCGGGCCAACCGCAGGGUGGUCCAGGCGCUCAACCGGCGGCGGGCCAACCGCAGGGUGGUCCAGGCGCUCAACCGGCAGCGGGCCAACCGCAGGGUGGUCCAGGCGCUCAACCGGCGGCGGGCCAACCGCAGGGUGGUCCAGGCGCUCAACCGGCAGCGGGCCAACCGCAGGGUGGUCCAGGCGCUCAACAGGUGGACGGUCAACCGCAGGGUGGCCCGGGCGCUCAACCGGCAGCAGGCCAACCGCAGGGUGGUCCAGGCGCUCAACCGGCAGCAGGCCAACCGCAGGGUGGUCCAGGCGCUCAACAGGUGGACGGCCAACCGCAGGCUGCUGCAGGUGGACCGGUCAACGACCCAGUUGUUCCGCUGUGGCCACACAUCCUGGACAACCCCCCUGUGUUCGGUGCUCAUUUUCAUGAACAAGUGCAUAUUCCGUGGGCAUCUGGUGAUGAUGGUGGCCUUGGACGCGGCCGUGCCCUUGGUCUUUUUCGUGGACGCGGUGGUCGUGGUCGUCCACGUGGCCACGGGCGUGGUGGUCCCGUUUGAGAUCCUAUGUUGAUCUUCCUUGAAGACUGAAAAAGAAGACUGAAGGAAGAAGAUUUUUGAAUAAAGCCAAGUAUUUAAGUAAAUUUUUGUAACAAAAUGUACCUGUGUGGAUAAUUACUAAGCAAUGGAAGUUAGUAGUGCUGUUUUUUUGGGUUUUAGGACCUAUUUUAAAUAAUGUAAUAUAUUGAGCUGUAAUUAAAGUUGUUUUGAAUUAAAAAGUUGA